AUGGUGACACCUCUGGGUUGUGGAGUGGAUAAAACAUGGAACCAAUUGAUUGAUGGAAAAUGUGGGAUAAGAGCAUUACGUUUGGAGGAUCUCAAGAUGAAUAGUUUUGAUUCAGAAACUCAGUUGACUACAUUUGAUCAAUUGACUUCCAAAGUUGCCGCUGUUGUUCCCACCGGAACCAACAAGGGCGAAUUCAAUGAGGAACUUUGGCUUAAUUCUAAGAGAGUUUAUGGAAAUAAGCUGAAAAGAGCUUACGAACAUGAACAUCAAUCAAUGACAAGGUUUGUAGCAUAUGCUCUAUGUGCUGCUGAGGAAGCUCUUAGAGAUUCUAAUUGGUUUCCCACUGAGCAGGAACACAAGGAAAGAACGGGGGUGUCUAUUGGUGGGGGAAUUGGAAGCGUUAGUGACAUGUUAGACUCUGCACAACUGAUAUGCGAGAAGCGUCUUCGUCGACUUAGUCCAUUUUUUGUCCCACGGAUAUUGAUCAACAUGGCAUCAGGUCAUGUUAGCAUGAAAUAUGGGUUCCAGGGGCCAAAUCAUGCUGCAGUCACUGCUUGUGCUACUGGAUCACAUUCUAUUGGUGAUGCAAUGAGAAUGAUUCAAUUUGGGGAUGCAGAUGUUAUGGUGACUGGAGGGACUGAGUCGAGCAUUGAUGCAUUGUCAAUUGCAGGAUUCUGCAGGUCCCGGGCCUUGACUACAAAGUAUAACUCAUUGCCACAGGAAGCAUCACGGCCAUUUGACAGUGGCCGAGACGGGUUUGUGAUAGGAGAAGGUUCUGGAGUCUUGGUCUUGGAGGAACUUGAGCAUGCUAAAAAUCGAGGAGCCAAAAUCUAUGCAGAGAUUCGUGGCUAUGGGAUGUCAGGGGAUGCAUAUCACAUUACUCAACCUCCUAGUGAUGGGAGAGGUGCCAUUCUGGCCAUGACUCGUGCUUUAAGACAGGUUUUUUAAUCAUCCUAUGUUGAUUUGUAUUUUCUACGUAGCAUUAGAGGUUUUAUGUUUGCUAAGCUGCCAACUUAUCAUGUAUGCAUGUUGUGACUAUAUUUUUCCUUUCUCCCCCACGUUUUAUAUAUAGUAUUAUCCAACAAACUUCAUACUCCAGAUGUCAUGUUUUGAG